AUGGGGCUUGGCGGAGAUGCUGGGCGCGGCCCACAUGCCAAUGGGGGAGGAGAAGGAGCGACCAUCCGGCGAUCUCGAGCGGCCGUUCUCCGCGGUUGCCCUUCAUCCCGGCUGCCCGAAGCAGCAAUAGGUCCAGUAAUCAGCCGAGCAACUGGAUCUCUGCCGAGUCUCCCGCCGUAUCUCAGAAUCGUCAGAUCUGGCGCUGGAUCGAUCCCCGUCCUCUCGAUUUCCAUCGUCGGGAUCAUCGUCGAGGAGCAUUUUGUUUCCAAUCUCCACUUCUCGUGGCCGCAGAUCUCCUGUGUUGCUCAGUGCCCAAUCAGAGGAAGCAGGGCAGUGUUCCUGAGUUACAGGGAUGGCUCCGGCCAGAUUCAGAAGUUUGCUGUGCGAUUUCCCACAGAUUCUGUUGCUGAAAAGUUCCUAAAUUCUGUCAAGGGAUGCUUAAAUGGCAGAGUGAACGAUGCACCCUCAGGAUGUGAUGUUGUGUGUGAAAAUUCAUCUCCAUCCGGUUUUACUGCUUCUAAUAGACUUCUGUCCAGGUUCAAUGAGGACUCAAGUUAUGAAGAGCCUAUCGCAACUUACACUCCAGACCCUAUUGCAACUUGUUCACCCGAGCGUCCUUUGAGCUACAACGAUCAGCAAUCUGAGAGCAGUCUUCCACGUCUGCUUGCUAAUGACACUGACUCCAUAUUCUCAGGCUUUCCUCCUAGCUUUACAGAACUACUGACCAAUUGUUCGGAUGAAACUGAAAAAGAGCAACAGACCGAAGAGCUGGAUGCUAAACCAUCCUUGAAUGAGGGACGCCCGCUGAAUUCUCUAGCUUGUGGUGGUUCAGUACUGCCGAAUUUCACAGAUGACCCACAUCUUAAGGGUCAAAUUGCGAAAUACAUGACAGAUGCUUCUUUUCAUGAUAUGCUGUUUAAGAUAGAAAAGGUCAUAGAUGAAAUGGGAGGUGACUUAUCCCUAUAAGCUUGCUGCUCUACUCUACCAAAUAGUGAAAGGAAGAAGAGUUCUUUUUUUUUGACCUGAAGGAAUAGAAAAUUGUUGACCAUAGAAACUCAAAGGCGAUAUCUUUUUGCCUUGCCUUAAGAACCGAUGUAUAGUUAACCCCCUAUCAAAACUUCUUGUUGUUGCUAUAAAGCUACAUGCGUCUUGCUAAACUGCAGCUCUGUGAAUCAAAGAAACUGGUACGUAUAUAAGCAUCGUAGUCUGUACAAAUGGUGACGUGCGGUAUGCGCUUAAAUUAGGGAAC